AUGGUAAUGCAGUUUCAGGAGUUAGAUAACCCAAUCCAAAAUAGCCUUUACCAUAGCCACCCAGACUCUGGAUUUCUCAUGGAAAUGAUGAGUCUGAAGCCUUCGAAAGGUGUGCUAACAGAGCAAGCCGCGGCCGCUCUCGGACAGCCCCUGGACGUGGUGGAGCCCUACUCCCAGUACAACAAUGUUCCGUUUCCCCCAGUUCAGCCACAGAUUUCGCCAUCCUCCUACUAUUCCAACCUGGGUUUUUACCCCCAGCAGCCGGAAGAGUGGUACUCCCCAGGAAUCUAUGAACUCAGGCGCAUGCCCUCCGAGACGCUCUACCCUGGAGAGACUGAGCUGGCAGAGAUCCCCGUCACAAAGAAGGCCCGGAUGGGGGCCUCGGCGGGGAGAAUCAAAGGGGAUGAGCUGUGUGUCGUUUGUGGGGACAGAGCAUCUGGAUACCACUAUAACGCUCUGACCUGUGAGGGGUGCAAAGGUUUCUUCAGGCGAAGCAUCACCAAAAACGCUGUGUACAAGUGCAAAAACGGGGGAAACUGUGUGAUGGACAUGUAUAUGCGAAGAAAAUGCCAAGAGUGUCGACUAAGGAAAUGCAAAGAGAUGGGAAUGUUGGCUGAAUGUAUGUGUACAGGCUUGCUAACUGAAAUUCAGUGUAAAUCUAAGCGAUUGAGAAAAAAUGUCAAGCAGCACUCAGAUCAGAGCCUUAAUGAAGACAGUGAAGGACGUGACUUGCGGCAAGUGACCUCGACGACUAAGUCGUGCAGGGAGAAAACUGAACUCACCCCAGAUCAACAGAACCUUUUACAUUAUAUUAUGGAUUCAUAUAGCAAACAGAGGAUGCCUCAGGAAAUCACUAAUAAAAUUUUAAAAGAAGAAUUCAGUGCAGAAGAAAAUUUUCUCAUUUUGACAGAAAUGGCUACCAGUCAUGUCCAGAUUCUUGUAGAAUUCACAAAAAAAUUGCCAGGCUUUCAGACUUUGGAUCAUGAAGAUCAGAUCGCUUUGUUGAAGGGGUCAGCAGUUGAAGCUAUGUUUCUCCGUUCAGCUGAGAUUUUCAAUAAGAAACUUCCAGCCGGACACGCCGAUCUGUUGGAAGAAAGAAUCCGAAAGAGUGGUAUCUCUGAUGAAUAUAUAACACCUAUGUUUAGUUUUUAUAAAAGUGUUGGAGAGUUAAAAAUGACUCAAGAAGAAUAUGCUCUGCUUACAGCAAUUGUUAUCCUCUCUCCAGACAGACAAUACAUAAAAGACAGAGAAGCUGUAGAGAAACUUCAGGAACCCCUGCUUGAUGUACUACAGAAGCUGUGCAAAAUUUAUCAGCCUGAAAACCCUCAACAUUUUGCCUGUCUCCUGGGUCGCCUGACUGAGCUGCGGACAUUCAAUCAUCACCACGCAGAGAUGUUGAUGUCCUGGAGAGUAAAUGACCACAAAUUCACCCCGCUGCUCUGUGAAAUCUGGGAUGUACAGUGA